AUGGCUAGAUCCGUUCAAGCGGAACUGCUAAAUGUCAGCGCGACACCAGGCUCGAUUUUAUUAUGUUCAUUAAGCUUGAUCGGCCUCUGGACGGUCGCCAAAUAUCAACUAUCUUUCCUGAGGCUUUUGUUCUGUUUUUCGCCAUUGUCGAAGCCUUUCAAGAUCUCAUUAGAGUCCUUAAAGGCCAACCUUUUAUUGAAAAACAAGGGUCGACAAACUCAAGCGUUCGGACAGGACGAAAAAGAUCGAAAGACGACGGCGGGAACAAAGAACUGCUCAUCAUGGGCGGUCAUCACCGGGCCCACCAAUGGGAUUGGUAGGGAAUUUGCAAUCGAGUUAUCCAAGGCGGGCUUCAACCUAUUCUUGAUCGGUAGAAAUCUCAACAAGUUGACGAGUCUACAAAACGAGCUAAUGACGGACGUGAACCAAUCGAUCGAGGUUGAGGUUGAGACGAUCGACCUCUCCGACAACCAACGUGAUUUCACAGAGCCUCUCAACGUGCCGGUUCAAGAACAGAUCCAGGGCAAGGAUUGGAAGAAAAUUCUCGAGAAAUUGAAGGCGAUUUCCCGCCGCUCGAACAUCUCAAUCCUCAUCAACAAUGCUGGUCUAUCCCACUCCGAACCGAUCGAGUUCCAGAUGAACGAUCUCGACCAAGACAUCAACUCGCUCUUAAAUGUCAACAUCUUUUCCGUCCUCUACCUUACCAAAUUAGUCUUGCCCUUUAUGCUACCCUACAAGAAAGGUUUGAUCCUCAACGUCGGUAGUUUUAGUGCGCUUAUCCCUACACCCCUCCUAUCGACUUACGCCGGCUCUAAGGGUUUCUUAUACACCUGGUCUCAAGCCCUCGGGACUGAAUUGGAACCCAAAGGGAUCGAUGUCAAGCUUUUAAACACCUACUUCGUUGCAUCAGAAAUGUCGAAGAUCAAGAAAGCCACCUUCCUAAUCCCAACUCCAAGCAACUACGUCAAACAAGUCUUAAACAACCUCGUCUCGACAAACUCCAAGCCCUUCAUCACCACCGGCUACUUCUCUCACAGUCUACUUGAAUACUUCUUGGACCAUUUCGGUACCCUCAAGUUCUGGUUGAAGUUCAAUCUUAACAUGCAACGUUCGAUCGUCAAGCGCAUCCAAAAAAAGAAAGAACGCAUCCAAAAACAACAACUACUAAAACAACCAUCUUUUUAA